UCUGAGCCCGCUAGAUCCACCAGACGAGAAGGCAGCGUAUGACCGGCGAAAAAAGGGGUAUCUGAGCAAGGUCGAACACAAGAAAAAGCAAAGAUAGAACAAAAAAAGAAAAAGGCAACAAUCGAGGAAGCUGAAGGACGCCUAUGUGAGACGUCAGGCGCCGGCUGCUGGAGGUCAAGGUUUAGGUAACCGAAUCCCAAGAAUACACAUGCGGACGCGGAUCGUGAGAUCUGUCGUACAAAGGAGGCAGAGAUUCGAGUCCAAGGACUCGAACCCCGGCGUGCUGCAAACCAAUGGAUACGAUCGUCAGGCUGCGCUUAUGCACGACGACGUGGGAGGGGGCCACCGGUUUAGCCUAUGGGCUGACGCCCGAGGCCCAAACAGGCAGUGUGGUGCCGUGUGCACCGAAGACUUGGGAGAGAGACGCUUGUUCUGUACACAGGAAGUAUUUCGCCGUUGGUUUAAUCUUGUUUUCAAUCCUCCACGCCUCGCGUCGCGUAGGUUGGCUCGCUGCGAAGCUUAUCCUUCAAGCGUGGGCGCAUGGACGCCUCGUUUUUUCCUUCUUUUUUCGCCUUUCUGUUGCAGGGUGCGGGGAGAGCAAGGCGGCAGAGGAGUUGGGCGCAAGGCGGGCCAAAGGUCCCCUGAUCGACAAGAGCAAGGUAGGCCGAAGGAAGAAGUUGGAAUGGACGGAGCAAUGACCAGGGGAGGUGAGAUGGAAUGGUGGGGAGGAAGUGGCAAAGCGUGAGACAGGGUUGUCACGCAUCAGAUAUGAUAAGAUCACCUGGGCGGUCGGACCGGGUCGGGAACUACUACGCAGCAGGUGUACAGUAGUAUCGAUGACGACCUUCAUCCACCACCGCCUCUCCUUCAACUUCUUCACUGGGGCUGCGAUGCUGCGGAACAUCUCUCUGGCUAUAUAUCUGUUCAUUUCUCAUCCUGUUUGAUCCCGGAAUGCA